AUGGACACAACAUUCAUCACCAUCCACGAUUUGUCUCGUGACGCCUCGAUCCAGUACGCCUCGGACAGCAUUGAGGUGGUAUUAGGGUACCAGCCACACGAGGUACUGAACCGCUCGUGUUGGGAUUACUUCCAUCCCCAGGAACUGCAUUUCGCGCGCAGUGUGCAUGGUCGUGGCGUCCGGCUUGAUAAAGCCGCGGUGCUGAACUAUUGUUCUAUUCGACACAAGAAUGGAUUGUGGGUUGGGUGCGAAUGUGUCUUCACGGUGGUCUACCAUGUCUUAAUCGCGAGUACUACGGUCUAUGGGCGGGGCAGAGGUAGUCAAAAGCGCGCCAUCGACGCUCCCAUAGUGCGCAAGCUUUUCGACUCCUCUCCCAAUGACCCUCGCUACCACAUGCUCACAUUCAUAUCCUACAAAUUUUCGCGACGCCUUGCAGAACCGCUCCAUGAGCCACGCGCCGCCUUGUUCGUCAAUCGCUUCACCCGGACUGCGACGAUCAUGUACGCCACCAGCAGCGUGGCAGAGAUCCUCGGGGUGCAUCCACAGCAUCUUAUCUCGAAGAGCUUCUUCUACUGUAUCCAAGAGAGAUGCUUGCGGGAUGCUGUCCGCUGUCUUGAAAGUGCAAAAGCGAACGACUCGAUCGCGUACCUGCGUUUCUGGUUCCGCAACCCUUUGCAGGACGACAAUGUAGAUGUGGAUAUAGAUGGGUCUCGCGGACCGUCUUUUGGUGCCUCCACGGACGCGUACGGCACUACACCCCCUCCUCUUGAGCUGGAAGCUGUGGUCUCGUGUACAUCGGAUGGACUGGUUGUUAUCCUCCGUCGGGCUCGAGCUCCCAUUUCGAGUGCCACUCUUCCACCUCAACCGGUCCCUGUCUAUUCUAAUGGUAUCUUCGCGGCACCGUGGGCUCUCGAACCUGUCUAUACCUAUGGCAGCUCAUAUUACCCCCACGGUGCUUUUCCGAACCCGGCCUAUCCCGAAGUCAAGGCUUCUCUUUGCAAUGAAAAUGAGACCCCUACGCGAGGCGUGGGGGCCACACCGUCAUCAAGCUCCUCCGGCUUCUCGAACCCUCUCUCCGGGGCAAAUACGAACGACGCUGGAUCCAAUGGCCCUCAGGAGGACCUUCUCAUGGAUACUAUUCGCGAUGUUGCUGUCUUUGCGUGGGGUAUCAUUGGUAUCAAUCGGUCGCUUGAGCAGCACAAAUUCGGUACCCCGUCGGGUAAUGCCCAUCCGGAUGGGAUGGUGGAUGAUAGUUGGGGCGAUGACGCUGCGGCUGGGCAUAGCUGA